AUGCCGAAGAGCUCGAACAUCUCCGGGUGCUCCACCGGGUACUGCACCGUCUCCUGGAGCUCCAGCUUGACGUCCUCCAGGCCGCCCACGUCCUCCCACGACACCUUGGGGACCUCCACCAGCCCCGUCUCCCGCAGCGCCGACGGCUUGGUCACCUCCUUGGCGUGCACCAGGUCGUCCAUGAUCACGGACAUGGAGUUGAGCACCUCCACGUCGAUGGUGUCCGCCUCGAGGUCGAUCACGUCCAUCUUCUGGCGGAUGCACUGGAAGACGGCCUCGGAGCAGAGCGCGGCGAGGUCGGCGCCGACGAAGCCGUGCGUGUCCUUGCCGAUGCGCUCCAGGUCGACCUCGCCGUGCGUCUUCUCGCGGUUGGGCGCGAUGGCGUCGAUCUCGUCCAUGAAGAUGAUGGACGGCGCCUGGGCCUCGGCCUGGGCGAACACCUUGCGCAGGUUGUCCUCGCUCUGGCCGGCCAUCAUGGACAUGAUCUCCGGCCCGUUGACGACCACGAAGUUGGCGCCCGACUCGGCCGCGAUGGCGCGCGCCAGCAGCGUCUUGCCGGUGCCCGGCGGGCCGUAG